AUGUCUGGAGGCAAUAUAGAUGAUCUAUUUAACGUUUUUGAGGAAAAUGACAUAACAGAUAAUGUUUCUACAAAAAAUGGAAUGAACGAAAAGAAUGAUAAUAACUCCCAAAUAGACAUCCAUUGUCAAAGUGAAAUAAAGAAAAAUCAUCAUCUCAAUAAAUUACAUAUAACUGAGAGCACGGCAGAAGAGGAAUAUCAUCCCUGUGUUUCUAAUCAGAGAGGGAAUUCUAACGACAACAUUCUUAAUGUACACACGGAAAGAAGUAUACAAGAUGGCAGUGCACACUCCAGAAAACAGUCUGAAGAACAGUCCAACAUGAAAUCUCGUAUCCCUGGGAGUGAAGAAUCGAAUCAGAAAAUCAACAUAGAAAACCUGAUUUCACACAAAAAAAGGGAUAACAAAGUGCAAAAUCAAAUCAAGGAAGAAAUAUAUAGUAGCAUACAAAAUUUCGAUGGUACAACCAGAAAUGUUAACAACAAAAUAAGGAAAUUAUUAUGUGAAGAGAAAAAAGGAAAAAAUCAUCCAGAUAUCAGUGAAAAAGUGGAAGAAAUACUUAUAGAAAAUAGUAAAACAAUAAACAAUGAUGAUGUACUAGUGUUAGAAGAAUUUGGAAACGAUGUUAAUUGCAUUCACAAAUGUGUUCGUCCAAGAAGUUAUGUACACAACAAGCUUAAUGAUCCCAUCAUUCCUGCCAGAACUUACAAAUUUGAAUUAGAUACAUUUCAAAAGAAAUCUAUUGAAUGUUUAGAAAGAAACGAAAGUGUUCUUGUAUCAGCACAUACAUCUGCUGGAAAAACAGUCAUAGCAGAAUAUGCAAUAGCCCUAGGACUAAGGGAUAAACAGAGAGUUAUUUACACGAGCCCUAUAAAAGCAUUAAGUAAUCAAAAGUAUAGAGAUCUAAGUGAAGAAUUUAAAGAUGUUGGAUUGAUAACAGGAGAUAUCUCAAUAAAUCCUGAAGCCUCUAUCAUUGUUAUGACAACAGAAAUAUUGAGAUCUAUGCUUUAUAGAGGUUCAUCUCUAACCAAAGAAGUAAAAUGGGUUAUCUUUGAUGAAAUUCAUUACAUGCGAGACAGAGACAGAGGUGUUAUUUGGGAAGAAACUAUAAUUUUACUACCACUAAUGGUUCGAUUUAUUUUUCUAAGUGCUACAAUUCCUAAUGGUAUUCAAUUUGCAGAAUGGGUAAGUAGUAUCAAAAGUCAAGCUUGUCAUAUUGUGUACACAGAUUAUAGACCUACACCAUUACAACAUUACAUUUAUCCAACAUCUAGCGAAAGUGUUUUUCUAAUAUGUGAUGAAAAUAAAGAUUUUAAAAAAAAUAACUUUAUUAAAGCAGUUAAUGCUAUCAAAGAAAAAAUGAACAUGUCAGAAGAUAGUCACCACAGUACUAAUAAUAGACAUCCCAAAAAAAUGAAAAAAAAUAUAUAUGAUAUUGAAAAAAUUGUUCAGAUGUGUCAUUCUCGUAAUUACACUCCACUUAUCGUUUUUGCAUUUUCUAAAAAAGAAUGUGAAGUAAAUGCAACAUCAAUGCAUAAAGUAGAUCUAACUGACGACACAGAAAAAGAAGUAAUAAAAGAAUUGUAUGAAAAUGCUAUUCAAAUUUUAGCAGAUGAUGAUAGAGCUUUGCCACAAGUUCAAUUUAUUCUUCCUUUACUCCUUAGAGGUAUAGGUAUACAUCAUGGAGGAUUAUUACCAAUUAUUAAAGAAAUAAUUGAAAUCAUGUUUCAAGAAUCUUUAUUAAAAGUUUUAUUUAGUACAGAAACUUUUUCUAUGGGGAUUAAUAUGCCAGCAAAAACUGUUGUUUUUACAUCUUUAAAAAAAUUCGAUGGAGUUGAAAAAAGGUUAAUAACAUCAGGUGAAUAUAUUCAAAUGGCUGGAAGAGCUGGAAGAAGAGGAUUAGAUGAUAGAGGAAUCGUUAUCAUUAUGUUAGAUAGCCCAUUACAUUGGAGAGAAGCAGAAAAAUUGUUCGUAGGAGAAGCAAACAGACUCGUAAGCCAGUUUCAUCUUGGUUAUAACAUGAUUUUAAAUCUUCUAAGAAUAGAAGGAAUUACCCCAGAAUUUAUGAUUGAAAGAUCGUUUAUUCAAUAUCAAAUGAAGAAAAACCUUUUUCAAAAAAUUCUAGCUAAAAAAAAAGUGGAAGAAAAAAUUAAAGAAAUUUACAACCAAUUAACAAGCGUUUACAUAGACCAAGAUAAUAAAGAAAUAACCAAAGAAAAUAUUCUCAAAAAAAUUAUGUUAGAUAAUUAUGAGCGCACUUCACUCCAGGAGCAGAACCACGAAGGCAUCAACAUCACGACGAAAAAUGAAGACUCAAAAAUUGUAGCCAAGGAAAUGAUGGAACGAGGGAAAUCUAACCAGAUAUGUAAUGGAAAAAAUGGAAAUAUGAAAACUAUGCCUCUAGGUAGCAAAACAGAAAUAUGUCAAGGUGAUAUAGAAGCAACUCAAGUAAGAAAUGGUGAAAUGGAUUACACACAUCUAGUGAGUACCAACACACUAAACGGUGAAAGCCAUAUUCUUAAUGAUCAGCUAAAAAAUUACAACACAGUCUUUUCAUGCAUAUCCAAUUACUACAUAAUAAGAAAUAAAUUAAUCGAACUUGGAGAAGCAUAUAGGUCUAUACUUACGGCUAAGAAUAACAUCACCCCAUAUUUAUCAAUGGGAAGGCUUCUCUAUCUUGUUGAAGACGAUUUAAAAUGGGGAUGGGCUAUAUGCAUUGAAGGGAAAAUUGUGGAAAAAACGAGUACGGGAUUUUCAAAUCGGAAUGGAAAUCUUGGCAUGGAGACAAACCCUAGAGAUAACGUGCAGAGUGAUGACCACAAGAAUUACUGGAAUAACACAUCCACAGAUAUUCUCCUUGUGGAUUGUCUCGUGCCAUAUAUCCAAAACAGAAAAAGAAAAUUAGACGAGAAUGAUGAGGAAGAGGAGGAAGAAAAGGAAGAUGAUGUGGGUAAGGAAUAUACCCCAGCUAACGAUAGAUUAAAGGCAAAAUGGAAACUUAUGAGUUUUCACAUUAAAUGCAUAUACCAAAUAUCAGCUGUUGUAUUAAAUAUAGAAAAACCAUUUGAUAAAAAAAAUGAAGAUGAAAUUGAAAAUGCAAAAAUGAAAUACAAUACUAUGGUUACUUGUUUGAAAGGAGAAAAAAAUAUCCCAGUCAUUAACCCAUAUCAAAUGGAUAUCAAAGAUGAAUCAUUUUUAAAAGUUGUAAAAAAUAUUAAUUAUCAUGAAAAUUUGUUAAACAAAAAUAAAUUAUUAAAUAGUAAAAAUUUAUAUAAAUAUUAUCAAAUAUAUAAUAUGUAUGUUGCUUUACAAUUUGAAAAAAAUAUUUUAGAGUCCAACAUCGAAAAGUGUCGAUUUAUUGUUCUAAAAAAGGAGCUCAAAAAUAUGCUUGUACUCUUGGAAGGUUUGGAUUACAUUGAAAUCUCACACAAUAUAGAAAAUGUUAAGGACGAAAAGGGCCUUAAUUCAGAUCCGAAUCAGGGAAACCAUGUUAACAACCAUGAACUGUUGGAAAACUGCCAAAACCAGUUAGACAACCACCAAAACCAGUUAGACAAUCACCAAAACCAGUUAGACAAUCACCAAAACCAGUUAGACAAUCACCAAAACCAGUUAGACAAUCACCAAAACCAGUUAGACAACCACCACACUGAUACCAAAAAUAGCAGUCUCAAUACCAACAACAUGCAUAACAAUACAACAUCUCCCCAUAAUGAAGACAAAAGUUAUAUUGUAACAAUGAAGGGACAAAUAGCUAGUGCAAUCCUCAGUGUAGACGAGUUAGUAAUAUCAGAAUUAUUUUUCUCCAACUUCUUCAGCAAGUACAGUUACGAUUAUAUAUGUGCCUUCCUAUCCUGCUUUGUGUAUGAUGAAUCAACAAAUAAAGAAAUCUCCAUUAACGAUCCAAUUCUAGUUGAAGGCUACCAACAAAUAAUUAAAACUGCAACCCAUGUUUCAAAUAAAAUGAAUGAAUGUGGAAUGAAUAUAAAUUUAAAAGACUACUUGGACAAAUUCAAGUCUGCCAUCAUGCCAAUAGUUUUGCUCUGGGUUCGUGGUUAUUCCUUUAUGGAAAUUCUUACUGACUCUCAGAUUUACGAGGGAUCUAUAAUAAGGACACUCAGACGUCUGGACGAACUUCUAAGACAAAUGAUCUGUGCAUUCAGAGGAAUUAAUAACGAGAGCAUGUGCGAGAUUUUGACAACAGCAACUAAAAAACUGCGCCGUGGUAUCCCUUUCUCACCAUCUUUGUACUUAUAA